AUGACUGGUACUACCCACGCCGAAUUCAAUGACAAGACCGAGGCUCUCGAGGUUGCUCAGGCCCUUGCAGAGUCCGUUCGGGGCAAAACAAUCGUUGUCACAGGUGUCAAUCAAGGUGGCAUCGGGUUCACGACUGCCGAGGCGUUUGUAACCCAUCUCAUAGUGGCCAGUCGUACUCCAUUAAAGAUGCAAGAAAGCAUCAAUGCUCUCAAAUCCAAGUUCCCUGACGUGGACUAUCGUGCCCUGGAGAUCGACCUUUGCAGUCAGCAGUCUGUUCGCAAGGCGGCUGCCGAGCUUCUAUCCUGGGAAGAUGUUCCGGCAGUUGAUAUUCUUGUCAACAGCGCUGCUAUCAUGAACAUCCCCGAGCGAACCAUCAACGAUGACGGCAUUGAGAUACAGUUUGCCACGAACCAUAUUGGCCACUUCUUGUUCACCAAUCUAAUCUUGCCUAAGUUAAUUAAAGCUGCAAAUGCCAGUAGAGUAAAGGGGGCAACACGCGUGAUCAACGUGGCUUCUGCCUCCCCCACGAUGGCAACCAUGCGUUGGAGCGAUCUGAACUUUGAGAAGCUGAACAAGGACUUGCCUGCGUAUGAGCAGCCCAAUUACGAUAUGCUACGGCAUUGGGGGUUCAAGGACCCAGAAGAUCAGUCAUAUCUCCCGCUCGAGGGGUAUAACCAAAGCAAGAUAGCAAAUGUUCUCUUUGGAAUAGGACUCACCGAGAGGUUGUUCAGCAGAUACGGCAUCCUCGGCCUAGCGUUGCACCCUGGGGUAAUACAGACUGAGCUGGGUCGAUCUGCACCACCGCAUGUCAUGGCUGCAAUUAUGAACAUGGCAGAAGAAGGGACAUACACCUGGAAGAGUCAAGCGGCUGGAGCCUCAACCACUCUAGUUGCAGCACUCGACCCCAAGCUCGGUCCGCCCGAAAGCAGAGAAGGAAAGAAGGAGAAUUUUGGAGCAUUCCUGUGGGACUGCCAGAUCAGCGACCUGGCCCUCCCACCGGCAGUCUCAAGUGCUGAGGCCGACAAGAUGUGGAAGAUCUCGGAGGGUCUUGUGAAAGAGACAUUUGUGUGGUAG